UUAAUGUUGCUAUGAAAGUGCACGGAGUGGAUGAAAAGCGCGGAAUUCACUUAACUUUAGAAACGAAUUAAUAAAAUUCAUAAAAAUUGUGCAACAAGCAGGCACCCAAAACUAUAAAAGUGUCUGUAGAAGUGAAUGGACAAAGCUAACGAGCUGCUCAGUAUUAUAUACACAUUGCACCCACCCAGCCCACUGUCAUCCACGCGCUGAUUAAAACACACAAAAAAAAUUUUUUGUUUUAAAAACAUAUACGAAAACCGAAAACAGAAAUCAAUACACCUGCUAACGUAAGUGCUUAGCAAAACGUAUUGAUAUAAGCCUCUUGCAAGAAUUGCAACUCGAAAGCGGAACAACAAACGCAAAAAGUAAAACAGACACUCACACACACCAUUUACGCACACAAACGAAGCAAAAAAGAAAAAAGAAAAGGAAAAGAGUUAAAAAAUUAUGUGAAUGAAAUGCACAGUGCGUUGAACAAUUGCCAGGCUGCAUAGCGCUGAUUGCGGCUGCAACAAGAACAACAACACCUGUGCAAUUGCCAAUUUUGGAUUAAGAGUUAAGACUGCAGCAGCGUGUCGUAUCUCAAGUGUGCGUGUGUGUGCGUAUAUUGCGUGAGUGCUUUGUACAGAGGGGGGCGGGGUGGGGCAGCUAGAGCGGCUGUGUAUGUGUGCGUGUGUGUGCAACCAAAACGGCAUUAGCAACAAUUUUAUUUUGGGCUGAACGUACGCGCCUUAAUGUUUAUGCUCGAGCAUUAGCACCAACAAGCAGUACUUGGCCAUGCUGCCAAUCAGCGAAGAGCAGCAUGUUGACAACAGCAACAACAACAACAACAAUAAUAAUACACAACUGCAGCUUCAGCAGCAGCAGCAACAGCAGCUGGAUGCGUCAAGUAGCAAUGGCCUGGCCGCUGAAGACGCUACUUUGGGUGCUGAUGCUAGUUUGUGGACAGCGCUCUAUGAUUACGAUGCGCAGGGCGAAGAUGAGUUGACGCUUCGACGCGGACAAAUUGUUGUUGUGCUAUCGACAGACAGCGAAGUGUCUGGCGAUGUCGGCUGGUGGACGGGCAAGAUUGGUGAUAAGGUGGGGGUAUUUCCUCGCAAUUUUGUCACAGACGCUGAUCCGCUGGGGCUGCCGCAUGAGAUCGACUACACGGAGCUGGACAUAAAGGAGGUGAUCGGCUCGGGCGGUUUCUGCAAAGUGCAUCGCGGCUAUUAUGACAAUGAGGAGGUGGCCAUAAAGAUAGCACAUCAAACCGGUAACGACGAUAUGCAGCGUAUGCGCGACAAUGUGUUGCAAGAGGCGAAACUCUUUUGGCCACUCAAGCAUCGCAAUAUUGCCGCCUUACGUGGCGUUUGCCUCAAAACGAAACUUUGCCUGGUCAUGGAAUAUGCGCGUGGCGGCAGCUUAAAUCGCAUACUUGCUGGCAAAAUACCGCCAGAUGUGCUUGUCGAUUGGGCCAUUCAAAUAGCGCGUGGCAUGCACUAUUUGCACAGCGAGGCGCCCAUGUCCAUAAUACACCGCGACCUCAAGUCCUCCAAUGUGCUCAUCUUUGAAGCCAUCGAGGGCAAUCAGCUGCAUCAGAAAACACUGAAGAUCACAGACUUUGGACUCGCGCGCGAAAUGUACAAUACGCAAUGCAUGAGCGCUGCAGGCACCUACGCCUGGAUGCCGCCCGAGGUCAUUAGCCGCAGCAUGUACUCCAAAUCCUCUGAUGUCUGGAGUUAUGGCGUGCUAUUGUGGGAGCUCAUUACAGGCGAGACGCCCUACAAAGGCUUCGAUCCCCUGUCUGUUGCCUAUGGCGUUGCUGUUAAUACGCUUACAUUGCCCAUACCAAAAACCUGUCCCGAGACCUGGGGUGCACUCAUGAAAAGCUGCUGGGAAGGCGAUCCACAUAGGCGACCUGAUUUCAAGAAAAUAAUCGAACAGCUUGAAAGCAGCGCUUGCUCGAAGUUUACGCUAACGCCGCAGGAAUCAUUUCAUCUGAUGCAGGAGGUUUGGAAAAAGGAAAUCGCUGAGGUGCUGCACGAUUUGCGCGAAAAAGAAAAGCGUUUUCAAACCAUCGAAGAGGAACUGCGCAACAAGGAGGAACAACUGGAGCUUAUACGCAAAAAGCAAGUGGAUCAGGCCAAUCGUUUGCAUCUCAUUGAGGAGCAGCUGCGUCAGCGUGAAAUAAAUCUUCUUGGACGUGAGCUCAUGAUGCAGCCAGUGCAGCCAAUACCCUCAAAGCGCAAGCCCAAGAAAUGCAAAAAGAAAUCACUGCAGAUAUCGCUGCCAACGGGCUUUAGGCAUACGAUAACCGCUGUUUGCGAUAAAGUCGAUCCACCAGGUUCGCCCUCCUUGUCCGGCUUGCGCAUUGUGGCACUGACCGAUGGGCAUAAGAACAAAACCUGGGGACCCUCAACAAUGCAUCAGCGCGAGCGUUCGCUGCUGCUGCCACAGCUGGGCGGUGGUCAGCCCGAGUGGCCGGCGCAGAGUUCGACGCAUUCGUCGUUUAGCAAGAGUGCUCCCAAUUUGGAUAAGAAGCAGCAGCAGCAGCUGCAGCCACAGCCGCCGACUAGUUUGGGCAUUGCGUCGACAAUAUCUUCACAGCUGCUGGGCAGUCCCAAUGUGGGUACCACGCCCAUUACGCCCAUUGCAUACUUGGGCGGCAGUGUGGCGGCCAUGGGGGCGGUGGCCACAACAACAACAACAACAACAAUCACCACAACCAACAACAACAACAACACAAUACCAAACAAUAAUAAUAAUAAUUUAAUCAUAAAAAAUAAUAGUAUUAAUACAAGUAAUAAUAGCAAUAACAAUAAUAUCAAUAAUAAUAAUAAUAUUAGCAACAAAUCAAACAAACACUCACCAAGACUAAACGGCAAUCACAACAGCAGCAGCUGCAGCAGCAGCAACAACAACAGCAGUGGCAGUGGCAGCAACAAUAGUCGCGGAUUAAUUAAUCGCAGCAUUUACGGACGCGCACGUAGCCAGGAUUAUGGUUUAGAUCAUGUGCCCAAUGUGCAUGUGCUAUCGAUAUCGGACGAUAGCUCCGAGGCGGAUACAUUAACACCCACGCACACGGGUUGCUUCACCUUUCUUAAGCCCAGCGUAUCAUCAGUGGCCAUGAUGAGCAGCAGCAGCAACACGCACGUUGUGGGCGGCAGUCUGGGCAACAGUCCGGCAGUGGGACGCAAGAAACUCUCGCUGGACAGUCAGACGCCAGCAACAGCAACAGGAGCAGGAGCAGGAGCAGCAGUAGCCACAACCACAGCCGGUGCUGCAUUGCAGCUGCCCACAAGCUCCAUACGCAAUGCGGAUAACAAUACCUAUGAUCGUGCCUUCUAUCGCGAUGUGGUAAAGAAAAUUUUGGCCAGCAGCGAGCGUGUGAAUUCCAAAUCUAGCGGUGACUUGACCAUGUAUAAUUCAGCUACGCGUCUAACAGAGCCCCAACACAGCCGCUUGGAGUACGAGGAUGAGUCGCUGGGCAGUCGCUUUCAGCGCAAUGCGUCGGGCUCACAGUUUCCGCGUCAUUGCUUCUUUCGCCAGCAGCCAAGUGGCGGCGAGAACGAUGAAGCGGCAGAGCAGUCGCCAGAUGAGGAGGAGCAGCAGCAGCAGCAAUCGUUUAGUCAAGCACGUGGCAAUUCACGCAAGAGCUCGGUAACCUUUCAAAUGAACUCCACCGAUACGAGCAUACAACAAGCAUCGAAUGCUUCGAUUAGCUUUGCCACCAGCUACAGCUCAAGCGAAUCAGAUGAUGAUGAUGAUGAUGAUGCUGUUAACGAUGUUGCUGCUGCUGCUGCUGCUGCUGCUGGUGAACGCGUGAGCGACUGCGAAGAGGUUGCCACACAAGAGAAUUCCAUAUUGCAAACGAGACGCAUGCUGGAUGUGCAACCGCAUCCGGAUGUUAUAAAAAUGAAAACUCAAUUGGCUGCCGAGCAGCAGCGUCUGCAGCAGAAGCAGCAGCAACAGCAGCAGCAACGUUUGCGCCACAUGACUAAAUCACAUUCUGUGGAGGCGCCGCCAUUGGAGCAACAGCAGCAGCCACCACCACCACUGACAGCAACACGUGCCGCACACAAAUUUCGUUUUAUGAGUCUCUUCUCGCGUGGCUCGAAAAAGAAAUACACGAAACUAUUCGAGCAGCAAAUGGUUGGCGGUGGCAGCGUCGCCGAAUUCAGCGCCAUUGAUCCUUGCGAAACGGAAAGCAAAAGCGCUGUGGGCGGUCAUAAACGUAAAAGCAAAAAGCCACAAACACAGUCCUGUGAGCAAUUGGAACGUGUUUAAGGCCACAAGCAGUUGCUGUUGCUGCUGCUGCUGCUGUGAGUUGCAAUAAACAAUAUAAAAACCAUAAAGGCCGCCAAGCAAGCCCCAUGUUUUAUAUUAAAACCCUAGACUUAAGACACACACACACACACACACACACACAGAUUGAGAGACAAACUUCUUACUACUGCAGCAUCAGCUGAGCGCGCUGCGCAUUAACUUUUAGUUUAGUUGCAACAACUAAUGCCAACUAACAAAGUGCGUGAGCAACAACAACAAAUCUAAACCCAAAGUGCCCAAACUGCCCUCUGCACAAAUUGUAGCCAAGAAUUUCAAUAUCAAACUAUAUAUAUUUAUAGUUGUUAUAUUGCUGCUCAAUCUCAAAAGCAACAUUUUGUUGACAGCAAGCUGUUAGCUUAACAUUGGCUUAACAUUUGGCAUUAACACGAUUGAAGUGCAAAUAAAACAAAUGAAACUAUUUGUAAAACUUAUACACUAAGCAAUACAUAUAUAAUUUUUAUAUAUACAUAUAU